AUGGCACGAGACUUUGGUCAGGACGAUGAGGGCGGAGGAGGGUUGGUCACUGGUGCCGGUUACUGUUACGGCUGGCUCUCAAACGAAGGCGCCGACGCGCCUGUGCCAACAUACACCAGAACCGACACCGACGGGUUCAUGGACUUUAUCAACGGGAACAGCCCACGACAAACAUCCUCAAAUCUCGACAUCGACAUCGACCUUCACUUACCACUCACCCAAUACCCCUCCCCGCUCCCUCCUCAUGUUGAUUACGCCGCCUCAUCCUCCAAGUCCCCUGAGGCUAUCAACUUGGACGACCCCAACUCACCACACAUCCAAAAGGAACGCCGCAUUCUACAAUGCAAGCUAAUCCGGCUCUUCUUCGACGCCAUCCGCUCCAAGAAAACCGACCUCGUCACCAAGCUCAUCACCGCCGGCUUCGUCUCCCCCGACGUGCCCAACGAGUAUGGCCUAACCCCGCUCCUCGCGGCCGUGGAAGCCGGUGACGGCGCCAUGGUUUGUGCGCUCUUGAAUCUCGGCGCGGACGUCAACACCUUUGGUACUCCUUCCAAGCGGAGCACAGCUUAUUACCGAUACUCGUCAUCGUCAUCAUCAUCAUCAUCCAAGCGCAAAAAGGGGAAAGAAGGCAAGAACAAACCGCCUCCAGAUGCGCGCACACCCCUCAUGGCCGCCUCAGCAGCCGGCAACCUCGUCCUAGCAAAACUCCUCCUCCAAGACUUCCACGCCGACGACGCCCUCAUCGCCGGCGACGGCCAGCUCGCCCUGCGUCUGGCAGCCGACAACGGACACGGGGAGAUCGUCGACCUGCUCCCCUCGCGCAGGGGCGGCGAGUUCCGGCGGUGGAGGACGCACCACGCGGCGGCUAUCGCACGGAUCAAGAGGGCCGGCCAGGGAAUCGUGGCCUUCUUUGCAUUUUUUGUGUGGUACAUCCCCAGGGCGAUCUUGUGGAGCUUGCCGAAGCACUUGGUGGUUUUGCCUAGCGUGAAGUUGGCGAAGUGGUCGUGGAAGAAUAAGCAUCGGUUUGGGUCGUGGUGUAAGAAGCAGGUGAAGAAGAUGCCCGAGAGAGCGAAGAGGGGGGCGCAGGCUGCUGGACGGGCGGUGAAGGCCUUGAAGCACGGGAUGUGGUGGGUUAUCAGGAGGAUACCGGGGGCUAUGAAGAGUUUGAAGAAGGUCGGGAUGGCGACAGGGUUUGUGUUUCUGAAGGUGGUGUCGGCUAUGCAUACGGCUGUUAUGGCGGUGUUGAGCUUCUUCCGGAAUAUUACCCUCAAGGAUGUCAGGAACGGGGUCUUGGUGGCGUUGAAAGCCCUCUUUGUCGACCUACCACGGGCGGUAUGGUCUGGGAUGAGAGGGUUUGGAAAGGCCUCGUACAAGGCGCUUGGCUACAUGCUGGGGCUUCUGGGGAAAGUUCUUUGGUGGAUUAUGAGGGCACUGUUUGAAGUUGCAGUGUUCCUGCCCAAACAGUUGUGGAAGAUCCUUGCGGCGAUUGGGAGUUCAAUGGCCAAAGGAUAUCAUGAGAUCCUCGUGUGGUUCAAUCCAAAGAGGCGCUGA